UAACAAGGAGCAAAAAGCUCUCUGUGAUACCUUGCCCAAGGACAGGGUAUACCAUAAAGUCUGUCAGGAUACAUAUCAAACACUCCCUCAUCUACAUCCGUCCGAUGCAAAAGAAUAUCGACACAACUCCUGUAGAACAUCAGACUGGCGGUUAUGGUCCCAAGGAAAAAUGUCUGACGUGUUCAGAAGAAUUCUUUUUCAGUGAACUGAAGGAUCAUGUCAAACACUGCAAGUCUCCAAAUGAGAUCGACACAGCAUUACCUGAAAUUUGCCAUCCAGUGAGCCCAGAAUUUCCUUUUCCGACUAGUCCAGACAGAGAUAACUCAUCCUCUGAUACAGGAAUCAUUGACUUAACAGAUGACCAAGUUCCGGAGUCCUUGGAAGAAUGGAGAGCCAUGCGUUCCCAGCAGGAUCAAGAGUACCAAGACUGCUUGCUUGCAGAUCAAGAGAAGUCUGACUUACAGAAAAAGUCGGCUGAAAUGGAAGAGAGACGGAUAAAGGCCAUAUCUGAGAGGCAGUUGAGACUGAUUGGUGUUCCAGAGCAAGCUCAUGGCAUACCACUCAGAUUUAAAUACCCUAGCGGCAUUACCAGAACAAGGCGAUUUGUCCUAACUGAAUCCAUUCAGAUAUUGUUUGACUUUGUCGGAGAAGAUGAAGAUGCCACAGAAUAUUUUCAUAUUCAAGAUGCUCUCUCAGUAACUAGACUCAACAGCAACAUGUCUGGCACCUUUCUGGAUAAUAACAUCAUAAGGUCACAAACACUGUAUGUCCACUGGAUUCAACCUGAGUCUCCAGAGGUGAGAGCUGAGAUUGGGUAUCGUUUAACAUUUGCGGUUACACUACACAGUAUGUUUACUUUUGACUUCAAGGAGCAAAGGCAGAAAAAUAGAAGAUACAAUAUGAAGUUUUUACUACGACAGGGCCUUCAUCCAAUCCUCAAAGAUUCACAGAAAAGAAGUUUCCUCUCCAACUGGGCAGAUUCUGUCAUCCGCUAUGUAGUAUGUUUAACAGAGAAACUUCGAAGUCUUCUCCAUGCACGACAUCACAGAGCCAUCACACAAUAAAACCUAAUUUCUGCUGUUCAGUAGGCUACUGAACAAAUUGAAACUUUUUAAAAUUAUGCAAAAUUGAAAAAC